UCUCGUUUGUUAUCAGCAAAAUGGCUGCUACGGGAGUUUUGCCUUUCGUUCGGGGCAUUGAUCUGACAAAAAAUGACUUUAAGGAUAACAAGUUCCCACCUCAAGUUGCAGAUAUGACUGGGCUGAGAUGGCUCAAAUUGAACAAGACUGGCCUUAAAGAGAUGCCAAAAGAAAUGGGCAGCUUGAAAAAAUUGGAACACUUGUCCUUGAUAAAGAACAAUAUAGAAACAUUGGGUAAGGAUCUAGAGAAUUUACCUGCUCUGAGAACUGUGAAUUGCCGACAUAACAACCUGUCAGACAAAGGCAUUUCAGACAAAAUUUUCCAGCUACAAGAUCUUUCUGUUGUGGAUUUCAGUCACAAUAAUUUGAAUGAAGUUCCAUCAGAACUGGAGAAUGCCAAAGGUGUGAUUGUCCUUAAUCUUAGACAUAACAAUAUUGAGAUGUUACCCAAUCAGAUGUUUAUCAACCUUCUAGAUCUUACAUAUUUAGACUUGAGUGAUAAUAGUCUUGAAACAUUACCGCCACAGAUGCGACGUCUCACGAGUCUUCAAACUUUGAUAUUGAACAACAACCCUUUAAUCCAUGCCCAGUUACGUCAGCUGCCAGCCAUGACAUCACUUCAGAUGUUACACCUCAGAAACACCCAGCGUACUCUUGCUAACUUUCCUUCUGCUCUAGACUCACUUAAUUUCCUUCAAGACAUUGACCUUUCUCACAAUGAUCUUCCUCGAGUUCCUGAACCUCUUUACAAGCUGAGUUCUCUGAAGCAUUUGAAUAUAGCAGACAACCAGAUCUCAGAACUAUCACUGCUUAUUGAUACAUGGGUGAAUCUUCAGUCACUAAACCUAUCAAGAAACAAGAUACAGAAUCUACCAGCUUCUCUACACAAACUUCAGUCAUUAAAGAAGUUGUACAUUAACUCAAACCAGCUAGACUUUGAGGGUGUACCUUCCAGUAUAGGCAAACUACAUAACCUCGAGAUCUUCAGUGCUGCAAAUAAUAACAUUGAGAUGAUCCCUGAAGGACUCUGCAGAUGUGGAAAGUUGAAGAAACUUUUACUGAACAGCAACAGGUUGAUAACCCUGCCUGAUAUUCUACAUCUUCUACCAGAGCUGGAGACACUUGAUGUUAGGGACAAUCCAGACCUGGUAAUGCCACCUAAACCUGCAGAAUUAACCAAAGACAAGGAAUUCUACAAUAUUGAUUUCUCACUUAACAACCAGUUACGGUUAGCAGGUGCUCCCUCAGCACAGGCAGCAACCUCACCUCAGCCAUCUAAGGAUCCUGUGGCACGUAAGUUGCGCCUGCGUCGCCGUAGAGACAAAGAUGACAGUGAAAAAGUUCUUGCUGGACUGAAAGAUGUUGCCAAGGAAAAAGACAGUGUAGAGAAAGAACAUCAGGAAGAGGAAGAACUGAAAAAAUUGAGGCCAAAGAAAUGGAAUGAACACUUGGAAAGACCCCAUCUGAAUUACAGUGAAAUAUUUGAAGAAGAAGUUGGUCAGAUACCUGGUUUGGCAUGUUGGGAGAUAGAGAAUUUCUUACCUAAUCAAGUAGAGGAAGCACUAAUUGGGAAGUUCUAUGAGGCUGAUUGUUACAUUAUCCUGAAGACUUAUAUAGAUGAAUCAAACAGUCUGAACUGGCAGAUCUACUUCUGGAUUGGCGCUCUAGCUUCUUUGGAUAAGAAAGCAUGUUCAGCUAUCCACGCUGUCAAUUUGAGAAACUUACUUGGUGCUGAAUGCCGCUCCAUACGUGAAGAAAUGAAUGAUGAAUCAGAUGAGUUCUUGGAUCUAUUUGAAAAUGGUGUGUCAUAUAUUGAGGGAGGAAGAACUUCCAGUGGAUUCUAUACUGUGGAAGAACUGACAUAUGAAGUAAAGGUAUAUAGAGCUGUUGGAGUACAGUCAGUUCAUAUGGAGAGGUGUCCUGUGACAAUGGCAUCCCUAGAUCCAAGGUUUGUGUACCUGGUUGACACUGGAAAGAUCCUGUACAUCUGGGUAGGAAAGAAAUCAAGGGGUGUGACAAAAACUAAAUCAAGGUUGAUAGCAGAGAAAAUAAACAAGAAUGAGAGAAAGAGUAAGUCAGAGAUAGAAGUAGUAACACAAGGUUCCGAAGAAAUGCCAUUCUGGAGAGCUCUUAAUGUGCAUUCUACAAAGGACAUUACACCAAUAAAGGAAUGGGUAACAGAUGAUUUUGAGCCAGCAGAGCCAAGGCUGUACAAGGUUGGACUUGGAAUGGGAUAUCUGGAGCUGCCACAAGAGGAGAUUCCAGGAAGUAAACUGAGACAGAAAUUACUAGACACAAAACAAGUCUAUAUCCUUGACUGUAAAACUGACGUAUUUGUCUGGAUUGGUAAAAAAUCUACACGUCUUAUAAGAGCUGCUGCUCUGAAACUUUCACAAGAACUGAAUGCUAUGUUAGAGCGCCCAGACUACUGUAGCGUGACAAGGUGUCUGGAGGGGACAGAGCCCCAAAUCUUUAAGACCAAGUUUGUUGGAUGGGAUGACGUGUUGCCAGUAGAUUAUACAAGAACUGCUGAAUCAAUCACAAGAAGAGGGGCCGAUAUGAAAGUGAUCAUGGAACGAGACAAGAUGAAGACAGAUCUGUCAGCAUUGUUUAUGGCCAGACAGCCUUCAAUGCCAAAAGAUGAAGCUGAACAGUUGAUUGAAGAGUGGAAUGAGGAUCUAGAUGGGAUGGAAGCAUUUGUCCUGGAAGGCAAGAAGUUUGUCAGGCUGCCAGAAAAUGAAAUAGGUAUAUUUCACAGCGAGGAUUGCUAUGUAUUCAUGUGUCGCUAUUGGUUACCAGUGGAUGUACCGGAAGAUGAGGAGGAAGGCGAAGAAGGUGAACCACCGGAAGAACAAAUUAAAUGUGUUGUUUAUUUCUGGCAAGGACGUGAUGCCGGAAAUAUGGGUUACCUUACUUUCACAUUCAGUUUACAGAAGAAGUUUGAAGGAUUAUUUGGUGACAAGUUAGAGGUGGUAAGAACUCACCAGCAGCAGGAGAAUCUGAAAUUUAUGUCUCAUUUCAAACGGAAGUUUGUGAUCAGGAAGGGCAAGAGAAGGCUACCGAACCAGGAACCAAAGAAAGCACAGGUUGAGUUCUUUGAAGUUCGUGCAAACGGGGGCAUUAUAUCUACAAGAUGUAUUCAGAUCCGGCCUCAUGCUUCUUUACUGAAUUCUUGCUUCUGCUAUAUAUUAAUGGUACCAUUUGACACAGAAGAUCUGAAUGGAGUUGUAUAUGUAUGGUGUGGAAGUAAGGCAGACCACGAAGAUGCUUCAUUGACUGAGGAACUUGCCUAUCUCAUGUACAAGGAUAACUACACAGUCCAGAUGAUCAAUGAGGGAGAGGAACCGGAGAAUUUCUUCUGGGUCGGCAUUGGUGGCAGGAAACCAUAUGAUAAGGAUGCAGCUUUCAUGAACUUUGCCAGACUGUUCAGGUGUUCAAAUGAGAAAGGAUACUUCGCUGUCUCAGAAAAAUGUGCAGACUUUUGCCAGGAUGAUUUAGCUGAUGAUGAUGUGAUGAUUCUUGACAAUGGGCAACAAGUGUUUCUGUGGGUCGGCAGGAAAACCUCAGAUGUUGAGAUCAAACUAGCUUUUAAGAGUGCACAGGUAUACAUUCAGCAUUUACGGAACAAACAACCAGACAGGCCAAGGAAAUUGUUGCUUGCCAUGAAAUACAAGGAACAUAGAAACUUCACCAAAUGUUUCCAUGGAUGGGGAAAAUAUAAAGAAGUGAGGGAAUGAAGGAACUUUAUACUUGUGAUAAAAGGCAGUCAUAUGUUAUGGUGCUAUAAAUGUCCAAUUUUGAGCAUAUCAUAAAAAUAAAACCAAGACGUCAGUGGCUCCAUUUUUAACAUGAAGGUUAUAAAGGCAGACAUAACCAAAUCCCUUUAUGACUUCCUGUUGAAGAAAUGAAAGUGAUAUAUACAUUGGUACUUUACAUGUGCAGUUGAAGGAGACAUUCAAGUGAUUUAUGAGUGAACUGUGAAAAUGAAGUAUCGAAAUGUUGGACAUGUUGAAAAGUAUAUUUGAAUAUUUUAGUGUGAUUGGUGUGACUUCCAUUGCUAAUUGAUAAAAGCAGUGCCAGUUGUGUAUGAGGAAUUAAUAUACAGGAAGUUGGAGAAAAAGGUGCCAUAGACAGACUAACGUUUUUCCAUUGAAAUUUUCCUGAAAAAUGAUACAGUAGUGUCAGUGAAAAAAUAAAAUCAUACAAUUAGAAAUCUGUAUAAUAUAUCCAUGGACCUAUAAUUUUAGUGAGACAAAAGUGCAGGCAUUUUCUGGAGAAUGUAACCUUCUCUCAGCAUGGUGUUGUAUAUGUGGAAUGGUUUCCAGAGAUGUUUAGCUUUACCAUGUCAAAAUGCAUCUUUCAGCAAGGAGAAAUAGUUGCCUUAAUAUUGAUAGCAUCAGUGUAGAAAUUUCUUAUUGAAGGUUUUAUAAGUCCCUGCUGUGUAAGUGAAGGAUAUUUGCAUGGUGACAUAGUCCUUUGAUAUAGUGCUAGUCUAUUUAUACCUAGUAGUACCGCACAAGCACAAAUGCAGUUUAACCGUAAUUAGAGGUCACCUUAUAAUGUGUGACCCUGCAUAAAUGGUCCCCCUUAGGUCAGACUAUUGGAAUUCACUAUAUAAUGACCCUUUAUGUAGUGUAACCCUGUCUAAUGCGGCCAGUAGAAAAGUCAGCAGAAUGCAAUAUGACUGUCACUUAAUCUUGCAAGUUGUAAAUUAACAAGAUGCGAUAGAUUUUCCUACUGUAUGGUUCUAGAUAUUUAGUAGUUAAAACAUUGAAAAAGGUGUGGUAUAACAAUUAAAUUUAUUGUUAAAAUAAGUCUAUUGUUAGCAGCAUUCCAAAUUUGCUUUAGACUACCAGAAAUUUGAAUAAUUAGUGCAUCGAUAAUAGUAGGUUUGAACCACAUUUAAAUGUAAAUUAUAAAUGAAAUACUACUUAUAAAAGUUAUAAAAUUGAAGGUUGUUAUUGAUGCCAUUUACAACAUUACACUCCCUUCAGCUGCAUUUGAAUAUUUUAUGGUUUUAUAUUGAAAUAUAAGAUAGUAAUGUAUCGAUUUUAACAGGGGUUAUGUGUGUAAUAAAAUACAAGAAUCUGUACAUUAUUAUAAACAAUAAAACUUAUGUACAUAGUGAGCAUUAGUAAAUAUUAAACCAUUAUUGAUGUGCUACAUCGGAAACCUGGAGAUAGUGGUCUUCUGUCUAUAAUGGUCACGUUCAGUUAGUCCCUUUGAUGACUGCUGUAAACAUGUAAAAUUAAUAAUUAAGCAGAGUCAUCUGAUUAUUUAUUGGUACUGUGGCAGACAUCAGUUAAUGAAAAUUAAUUUGAUGUGAGGUUUGAAAUAAGUAGAGCAAGUCGUGAUAACACUUUACUGUAAGGUUAAACUGUUGACCAAUAUUAGGUCUAGAAGUGCAAUACAAGGUACAAUGACCUUAGAUUUUAAAUAUUUUACUCUAGUUUGUCAAUGUAUUAUACAGAGGAAACCUAGUAUUGAAUGAUAUGUUACUUUAUUCAGUUACAAAAAUAUGUUGGUAUAUUAGGACUGUUGUAUUGAAGAGGUCUGUGAUAUCUAUGUUUUACUUUAGCUUAGUGUUUUAUUUCUUGCCAAAAACUGUUUAUUUCUUCAGGACUCCCAGUGUGCUCUCUCACUUCAGGACUUCUUUAAAACAGCUAUUAAUGGAUUACCUGUCUGUAUCCAUCCCCCUCCCCCCAAAAAAACCAUGUAAAAGUCACCAUGCUGAAGUUCCUUCCAUAUUUUAUAGGUAAAGUUUGCAUGUUUAAGCUGCUUAAGAAUGCAUUGCAUAUAUCUUAUGAAAUAUAUUUCCUCUAAAUUUGAAAAAAUUCUCUGUAUAUUUUUACAUGCAUAUUAAAAGUGCGGAAAGAGAGUCAAUUUAUUACAAACAUUAACUUUAUGGCCCACAAGGGAAUCCGUUUUCACUAGAAACCGUCAAGGUUGAAUUGUUAAUAAACAUCCAGGCUAACAAGGUGAAUACAGUAUGAUUUAUUGAAAAAAAUAUCAAAAGAAAUGUUUUCACGGCCAUAUGGUUCUGUUAUUAAAGGGGAUAAAGAAAAAAGAGAGGCAUUACUAAACACUGACCCUUUGUAAAUUAAUAGUUUCUUUUCACAUUAUUAUUACUAUAAUGACACCUAUUGAAAAAUAUUUAACAUUUAUGCUUAUGUUAAUAUAUAAUAGAAGACAUUUAAAGUUUAAUGAAAAGCAUUUCAAAAGUGGGUGACCUCUGCGCUGUUUCACCUGAAGAUAGGUUAAGGUUCUUCUUAAUUGCCUCCUCAAUGAAUAAAAAUUUGGAAUUUUAAUUGCUAAAUUAAGUAAGACCAUGAAAUGCUAGCAUAAUUAUAUUGUUUAUUUACUUGUGUAACUUGAUCUCUAGGUACAUUAGAAGUACAGUUACGGUUGGAGGCAAAUUCUAUACAAAAUACAUGAAUAUUUAAUUUCUUUCAUUUCCAUGAUGAUUAACUAACCAGACUAACGUGGUAAUUGAAACAUGUUGAAAUAGGGUGUGUAUCAGAUGUCAUGUAUUAUAGACUGGGGAUUUUCCAAAGCAAUUUUAUUUCUUGAUUACUUGGUCUGUAAACUUAUUUGUUUUGUUGAAAUCAUGCUACCUGGAAAUAGCAAUGCUGUUAUAUAUUCAAACCUGUUAUAAAUUCUUGAGAAGAACUGUGAAAAAACAAUAGCAGAAAUAAAAAUAUCACAAACAUAUUGAAUCUAUAGUUUGCUGUUAUUUCAUGUUAAAUGUAAUGUACCUGUAAAAUACAAUGAUAUGCACAUAUAUUUGAAUGUAAAGGAUGUACCAAAAAUAUCAGUGCCAUGUAAAUCAACAAAUCAUUAGUGCUGUGUAAUAAUGAAAAUUUUGUCUUAUAUUCAGUUAAUUGUUCAGUUUAUAAAAAAAUGAUUCAUAGCGGCUAUAACAAGAUAAUAUAGUUUGCCCUGUAUUACUGCCAGGACUAUAGAUCUGUCAGUGUCAAGGACAACAUAUGUAUAAAGUCUUUGUAACAUAUAAAACACUUAUUUCUUUGUGUAAUUGUUCGCUUUACCUUUUCCUUUGACAAUAAACCCUGUAGAUUUUACCUGCACAGUUCAGACCCCUUUGUAUUUAUUAGAUGUGUUUUUGUAAUUGAUUUGCCUAUUGUAUUCUGACCAUGGAGUGUUCCAGUAUCACAUACAAUAUAAUCAAUAGAUGUGUAAUACAACUACAGAUAACCCUGUCCUAAAGACCACUUGUGAAUACAGAUCACCCGUACAUACAGACCACCUGUAAACCAGCAUUUUGGCUUUGCCAGGCAUGGCUGUUGUAUACAGGUUUCUCUGUAUCUAAAGUGUGAUCGUUAUUUAUCUAUGAUUGAAUGUGUGUUGGUAUGACAAUAGACACAAUAUAUAGAAUGCCUAGUUUAUAAGAUUGACAUUUAUAUUCAGUUUGUAAUAUUUGAAUCAUUAUUUAUGAAUCUCUUCCAAUGAAGUAUAUAUCUUCCAUAUUAAUUUAUACAUCUUCAUAAUAAAUGAGGAAAAGAAA